GGCGGGGCCGGCGUUAUUGCCGUCUUCUCUGUCUCAGCAGUCUUGAGCGUUCGGUGCCUCGUGUCCCACGCCCCGCGCGCGUGUGGAGCCGGCUGCGAGUCUGCGGGCACCGUCCGGCCGCCGAGGAUGGCCUUGAGCGAGGAGCCGGCCGUGGGCGCCGUGGAGGAUCCGGUGGAGGACCGGGCGGAGGAUGCGGCGGAGGACGCGGCGCUGGCCUGCUGCGCCUCUCUCGAGUCGUUCGGCGAGAGCGCGGAGACGAAGGAGCUGCUCGGCCGCCUACCGGCGGUGCUUGGAGACCGCGCGGCCCGGGAGGGCGCCCUGGAGCGGUUCCGGGUAAUAAUGGACAAGUAUCAGGAGCAGCCUCACCUGUUGGACCCACACCUAGAAUGGAUGAUGAACUUGUUGUUGGAAUUUGUGCAAGAUAAGAAAUCUCCGGCUGACCUCGUACAUCUGGCUUUUAAAUUUCUUUACAUCAUCACCAAGGUUCGAGGAUAUAAAACAUUUCUUCGUUUAUUUCCACACGAAGUAGCUGAUGUGCACCCUGUUUUGGAUAUGUUUACAGAUCAGAAUCCUAAAGACCAUGAAACCUGGGAGACCCGCUACAUUCUCCUCCUGUGGCUCUCCGUGACCUGCCUGAUCCCGUUUGAUUUUUCACGCCUUGACGGCAACCUCCACAAUCAGCCUGGGCAAGAGCGAGUGUCCACCAUGGACCGUAUCCUCCAGAUAGCAGAGUCCUACCUGGUCGUCAGUGACAAGGCCCAAGACGCAGCUGCUGUCCUCGUGUCCAAGUUUGUCACGCGGCCCGACGUUAAGCAGAAGAAGAUGGCGAGUUUCCUGGACUGGAGCCUAUGCACUUUGGCCUGCUCCUCCUUCCAGACCAUCGAGGGGGUCAUCGCCAUGGACGGGAUGCUGCAGGCCCUGGCACAAUUAUUUAAGCAUGGAAAACGUGAAGACUGUUUACCCUACGCUGCCACCGUUCUCCAGUGCCUGGACAACUGCAGGCUCCCCGACAGCAACCAGACCCUGCUCCGGAAGCUUGGGGUGAAGCUCGUGCAGCGGCUGGGCCUGACCUUCCUGAAGCCCCAGGUGGCCAAGUGGAGGUACCAGCGUGGCUGCCGCUCCUUGGUUGCGGGCCUGCAGCUGAGUGUCCAGAGUCCUAGAGAUCCAGGGAUACAGACCGAGACCCCUGACAGCGACGGAGAGGACGACGUCCCCGAGGAGGUGGAGAGCGUGAUAGAGCAGCUGCUGGUUGGGCUGAAGGACAAGGACACGAUUGUGCGGUGGUCUGCGGCCAAAGGAAUCGGUAGGUUGGCUGGAAGACUUCCCAAAGAGCUGGCGGAUGAUGUGGCCGGGUCUGUGCUGGACUGUUUCAGUUUCCAGGAGACAGACAACGCCUGGCAUGGCGGGUGUCUGGCGCUGGCGGAACUGAGCAGACGAGGCCUGUUGCUCCCUUCCCGACUCCCGGACGUUGUCACCGUGAUCCUGAAGGCGCUGACAUACGAGGAGAAGCGGGGCGCCUGCAGCGUGGGCUCCAACGUCAGGGACGCCGCCUGCUAUGUGUGCUGGGCCUUCGCACGGGCCUACGAGCCUCAGGAACUGAAGCCCUUCGUGGCCGCAAUCUCAAGCGCACUGGUGAUCGCUGCCGUGUUUGACCGAGAUGUAAACUGCAGGAGAGCAGCCUCUGCUGCUUUCCAGGAGAACGUGGGAAGACAGGGUACUUUCCCUCAUGGGAUUGAUAUUUUGACCACAGCUGACUACUUUACUGUUGGUAACAGAUCUAACUGUUUCCUGGUUAUAAGCACGUUUAUUGCCGGCUUUCCUGAAUACACACAACCAAUGAUAGACCACCUGGUUACCAUGAAGAUAAACCAUUGGGAUGGGGCCAUCAGGGAGCUGUCGGCCAAGGCACUGCGGAACCUGGCUCAGCGAGCACCCGAGCACAGCACCUGUCAUGUUUUCCCACGUCUGCUGUCGAUGACACAGAGUCCAGACCUACACACUCGGCACGGGGCUGUGCUCGCCUGCGCAGAGGUCACCCACAGCCUGUACACACUGGCCGUGCAACAGGGCAGGCCCGUCUCGGACUUCCUAGACGAGAAGGCCGUGCAGGGCCUGAAGCAGAUCCACCAGCAGCUUUAUGAUCGUCAGUUAUACAGGGGUCUGGGAGGAGAACUCAUGAGACAAGCAGUGUGCAUUUUAAUAGAAAACUUGUCCCUUUCCAAAAUGCCCUUCAGAGGUGACGCUGUGAUCGAUGGUUGGCAGUGGCUGAUAAACGACACCUUGAGAAACCUUCACCUCAUUUCAAGUCACUCUCGGCAACGGAUAAAGGAGGCGGCUGUGUCGGCCCUGGCCGCCCUCUGCAGCGAGUACUACUCUGGGGAGGCGGACUCCACCGUGCAGGAGGAGCUGGUAAAGCAGUAUCUCGCCGAACUUCAGAGCCCCGAGGAGAUGGCUCGCUGUGGCUUCGCCCUGGCCUUGGGUGCCCUGCCGGCCUUUGUCCUGAAGGGCCGGCUCCGGCAGGUUCUAGCAGGCUUGAGGGCUGUUACCCACAUUUCUCCCGAGGACGUGAGCUUUGCCGAGUCCAGGCGGGAUGCUUUGAAGGCAAUUUCUAGGAUUUGCCAGACUGUCGGUGUGCAAGCAGAAGGGACUCCAGACGAGGUUGUGUGCAGAGAGGACGUUGCCCAGGUUUACUGCACGUUGCUGGGCUGUCUGAGCGAUUACACCACUGACAGCCGCGGGGACGUGGGAGCAUGGGUCCGCGAGGCCGCCAUGACGAGUCUUAUGGACCUGACUCUUCUGCUGGCAAGGGACCAGCCAGAGCUGAUCGAGGCCCCGGUCUGCCAGCGGAUCAUGUGCUGCUUAGCCCAGCAGGCGAGUGAGAAGAUCGACCGGUUCCGGGCGCACGCAGCCCGUGCGUUCCUGGCGCUGCUGCACUGGGACGACCCCGCCGUCCCCCACGUGCCCCACCGGCAGGAGCUGGAGAGACUUUUCCCCAGGUCUGCUGUGGCCUCUGUGAACUGGGGCGCGCCAUCGCAGGCCUUCCCUCGCGUGGCCCGGCUCCUGGGGCUGCCUGCUUACCGCUACCACGUGCUGCUGGGGCUGGCCGUGUCCGUGGGCGGCCUGACCGAGUCCACGGUCAGGUACUCAACACAGGGCCUCUUUGAGUACAUGAAGGGGAUUCAGAACGACCCGCAAGCCCUGGAGGACUUCACUGGGACCCUUCUGCAGGUCUUUGAGGACAGCCUUCUGAACGACAGGGUGUCUGUGCCGCUGCUAAAGAUGCUGGAUCAGAUGCUAGCCAACGGCUGCUUCGCCAUCUUCACCGCCGAGGAGAACCACCCCUUCUGUGUGAAGCUGCUCGCGCUUUGUAAGGAGGAGAUCAAGAAGUCCAAAGACGUCCAGAAACUGAGGUCCAGCAUCGCGGUGUUCUGUGGGCUGGUGCAGUUCCCCGGAGACGUGAGGAGGAAGGUCCUCCUGCAGCUCUUCCUCCUGCUCUGCCACCCUUUCCCCGUGAUCCGGAAGAGCACAGCCAGCCAGGUGUAUGAGAUGGUGCUGACCUACGAUGUGGUGGCCGCGGACAUCCUAGAUGAGGUCAUGGCUGUGCUCAACUGCACGGCCUGGGAUGCAGAGCUCCCGGUCGUGAGAGCCCAGCGGAACCGCCUGUGUGACCUCCUGGGCGUGCCCAGACCUCAGCUCGUCCCCAAGGUAACCACCUGUCCCCUCAGGCCACAUGGGGGACCUGGGGCCCCUUCUUUUUCUUUUUUUAUAAUUUAAAAUAGACGCUAUUUUAAAAUAUUUUUCUAGCUUUUUCAAUAUUUAUUAAUCAAUAGAAUUUUUAAUAUAACAUCUGAGUGUUUACUAAUCAUUAUCCAAACAGUAGACCAAACUGAGUAUUUAAGUACUCCCACAUCCUAGCUGCUAUAAGUUUUUAAAAAAUUUUUUUUAAUUUAAUUUUUUAAAUUGAAGUAUAAUUGAUUUACAGUGUUGUACCAAUCUCUGCUGUACAGCAAAGUGACUCAAUUAUACAGACAUUCUUCUUUUCAUAUUUUUUUCCAUUAUGGUUUAUCACAGGAUAUUGAUUAUAGUUCCCUGUGCUAUACAGUAGGACCUUGUUGUUUAUCCAUCCUGUAUAUAAUGGUUUGCAUCUCUAAUCCCAACGUCCCAGUUCUUCCCUCUCCCUUCCCACCCCACAACCACAAGACUGUUCUCUAUGUCCGUGAGUCUGUUUCUGUUGUGUAGAUAGGUUCAUUUGUGCCAUAUUUUAGAUUCCACAUAUAAGUGAUAUCAUAUGGUAUUUGUUUUCCUCUUUAACUUACUUCACUUAGUAUGAUAAUCUCUAGUUGCAUCCAUGUUGCUGCAGAUAGCAUUAUUUCGUUCUUUUUAUGGCUGAGUAAUAUUCCAUUGUAUGUAAACCACAUCUUCUUUACCCAUUCGUCUGUCACUGGACAUUUUGGUUGUUUCCACGUCUUGGCUAUUGUGAACAGUGCUGCUCUGAACACAGGGGUGCAUGUGUCUUUUUGAAUUACAGUUUUGUCUGGGUAUAUGCCCAGGAGUGGGAUUGCUGGAUCGUAUGGUAAUUCUAUUUUUAGUUUUCUGAGGAACCUCCACACUGUUUUCUAUAGUGGCUGCACCAACUUACAUUCCCACCAACAGUGUAAAAGGGUUCCCUUUUCUCCACACCCUCUCCAGCAUUUGUUAUUUGUAGACAUUUUAAUGAAGGCCAUUCUGACUGGUGUGAGGUGGUACCUCAUUGUUGGUUUGAUUUGCAUUUCUCUCAUAAUUAGUGAUGUUGAGCAUUUUUUCAUGUGCCUACUGGCCAUCUGUAUGUCUUCUUUGGAGAAAUGUCUAUUAAGAUUUUCUGCCCAUUUUUUGAUUGGGUUUUUUGUUGUUGAGUUGUAUGAGCUGUUUGUAUUUUGGAGAUUAAGCCCUUGUCUGUUGCAUCAUUUACAAAUAUUUUCUCCCAUUCCAUAGGUUGUCUUUUCAGUUUUUUUUUUAUGGUUUCCUUUGCUGCGCAAAAGCUUGUAAGUUUGAUUAGGUACCAUUUAUUUUUUUUUUAUUUGUUGCCUUGGGAGACUGACCUAAGAAAACAUUGGUACAAUUUAUGUCAGAGAAUGUUUUGCCUAUCCUCUCUUCUAGGAGUGUUACGGUGUCGUGUCUUAUGUUUAAGUCUUUAAACCAUUCUGAGUUUGUUUUUGUGUAUGGUGUGAGGGUGUGUUCCAACUUCACUGAUUUCCCCGGGGCCCCUUCUUUGUGAGGCCUCCAAAUGCAGCUCCAACAAGCUCCUUCCUUGAAUUCCAGGGUCUAGAACAUUCAAGGCCAUGCUGCCUGCCUCGCUUUCCAUGUCACGGUCCACAUAGGGCUUUCAGGACCCCAGGGAGGCGGCCCUGGCAGGGCCGUGGGACGGGAGCAGAGCUGAGGCCUCCACUGUCCUCUCCCACCUGCCCCCAACCUCACCCUGCCCCCAACCUCACCCUGCAAGCCAGACCGUGUGCCCAUUGCCAGCUCCUCCCCGUGGGCUGAGCCUGGGGGCACCCCAAGCGAUGGGGCAGUGUUUCUGCUGCUGCUCCCGCUUGCCCUGUCCCCCGCCCCGCCCCCGCCAGCAUGCUCUCUCCAGCCAGGCACGUCUCACGUGUGUCCUGUGGAGCACGGCACCCAGGGCCAGUCCUCUGCCGAGCGCCCUGGCCUCUCUCACCCUCAGAGCAGCAUAGCAGCCUUCCGCCGUGUCGGUUGCCCCCAGGACACCCAUCCCACUUGGGACUUUGUCACCUCCAGGGCCGCCCAGGGCCGGCUGGUGUCUGCUGAAGUUGCCGUCCUCCACGGCAAGUGUGGUGUGUGCGUUGUAGCUGCGGUUUUCUGAGAUCGAGGGCCACAAGCUGUUCUUGCAGGUUGUGGGAGACUUGAGACUUUUUGUGUUUUGUGUGUUCUUGGCAGAGAAUCAGAAUUUGGUCUGUCGUCAGUCUGUGGGUCCUGCAGGAGCUGGAGUGGGUCGCAGCAACACGGACUGUGGUCCUGGCGAGUGGGCGUGCCCUCCUCCUGUUCCCAUCAGCUGUGUCCCUCUGGCCUUGGGUUUGAACCCUGGCUCUGGAGAGGCUGUUUCAGAGCUUCCUGUUGAGGAAGGACGUCCGGGCAGAAGUGCAUGGCGGUUGUAGUGCGUGGUUCUAGGUCUCCACGCACCCAGGUGCCUGCCCCGAACACCCCCCGACGUGAGCCUCAGGCUGCGGGGGUCACCGGUUCCCAUUUCCGGUGGGCUCACCUGGCAGAGGACUCACGGUGGGAAAUGCUGACAAGCAGAUUCCAAAGUGACGGGUGCUCCCUGGCAACGUGUGUGCUUAGCGCCACUGUGGCAGCUCCAGGAUGUAGGCCCCCUGGUUUCCCUGGUGAUGGAAGUGUGACCACCUUUUCUGAGAUCUGAGCCAUUCGGACAUUGUCUUUCGUCAUGUGUCAGAUCUUUCAUGUUCUCUCCAGGUUGUCCGUCUUUUUAUACUUUGUCUUCAGGGACCUUGUUCUGGACGCACGUCCUGCCAAUGUCCUCUCCUCCAGGGAUGGCCUUCUUGUCCUUAGACCUAACGUGGUCCUGUUUGGGGUAUCUUGAUCUCCUCCAGGGUUGACGUUCUCUGUUUUUUUCUAAAAGCUUUACUGUUUUACCUUUUACGUUUGGACUCACGAUCUAGCUGACCCAGCUCCCUUCUCGCUACGUCGUGUCGUCAGGCCACACAUGUGGCUCUACUCUUGGACUGUCUGUCCUCUGGGUCUCUCUGUCCAUCCGUGAGCCAGCGCAGCCUGUCCUACAGAUACAGAUGUAGGUCUCAGUCCUAGAGAUGCAGGGUUUAGGUCUCACAGUGGGUCACAGUGCCCAGUUGUCUCAAUCCUGUGGUCCUUUUUUCUCCAUGAUUGUCUUCUCUUCCUGGCCAUUGGGUUCCCACCCCACCUGUAGAAUCAACUUGUCAGUUUGUGCUUCAGGAGUUUGGCCGAGGUUGCCUGCAGCCUGAAGGUCGAUUUGGUGAGAAGUCAUGUCUCUGCUCUGAGUCUUCUGACCAUGAACAUGGUGUGUCCAUGCAUGGACCCCCUCAGUGUUUUAUGGUUUUUGGAGCAGAGAUGUUGCACAUCUUUCUGUAAUUGUCCCACAGUUCUUGGAUAUUCUUCUUUUUUUUUCAUUUUUGUUUCUCUUUGCCUUUCAGUUUGGGAAGUUUCUGUUGACCUGUCUUCAAGUUCACUGUUUCCUUGGCCACAUCUGGUCUUAGGACAAGCCCGUCCGAGGCAUCCGUUUCAGUUACAGUGUUCGUGGUCUCCAGUGCUUCCACCGCUGCUUACAUUGUCUGUCCCUGCGUGGUGCCAGUUUGUCCACUAGGGUCCUUGGCGUAUUAAUCACAGCUGUUUCAAAUUCCUGGUCUGAUAGUUCCAACGUCUCUGCUGUUUCUGAGUCUGGUUCUUACAUUUGCACUGUCUCUUCAGACUGCUUUUUCUUGCCUCUUGUUGUAUUUUGUACUUUUUUGAUGAAGGCAGCCUUGUUGGGGGAACAGGAGCUAAGUAACCAGAGCACAGGGUGCUUGCUGCAGCAGCAGGUCCUGGGCAGAGCCCCUCCCGGUUCUUGUUCUCAUCCUCAGGGAAACCACAGGAGGGGCUGAAGUCCCUUUGUCUCGUGUUAUAAUAGAGCCACAGCGCAGUUUUUGAUCAGUGUUUAUGUAGUUUAUCUUUUUUAAUCAUUUCACUUUCAAUUUCUGUGUUCCUACAUUUAAAUGUGUUUCUUAUGAACAGUAGAUAGGCCUCAUCUCUUUUUAAUCCAGUUUAACCGUUUUUGGUAAUUGGAGUGUUUUGUCCACUUACAUUUAAUGUGUGAGUUUGGAUUUGCUGGGUUUGUUUGCCAUCUUUCCAUUUUCUGUUCAACCCUGUUUGUUUCUUUGCUCCUUUCUUGCCUUUGUUUGGACUGGUUAACGACUUUUUUUUUCCUUGCGGUACGCGGGCCUCUCACUGUUGUGGCCUCUCCCGUUGCGGAGCACAGGCUCCGGACGCGCAGGCUCAGCGGCCAUGGCUCACGGGCCCAGCCGCUCCGUGGCACGUGGGAUCUUCCCGGACCGGGGCAUGAACCCGCGUCCCCUGCAUCGGCAGGCGGACCCUCAACCACUGUGCCGCCAGGGAAGCCCAGUUAACGACAUUUUUACCAUUUCACUUCCCCUUCUGUUAACUUCCUGCAGUUUUCCUGCUGUUUGUUAGUGACUGCCCAUCAGGACAGCAUUCCUUCCCCACAUACGGCAGUCAGGACGGGUGGCACCGGGCGGAGGGCUCUGGCUGCGGUGCCCUUCCUUCCCAGGGCCCAGAUGGUCAUGGCCUGCCUUCCGUUCAGCCGCCUCUCUCUUCAUUGUCCUUCAGUUCUUCACUGUGCUCUUAACUCUCUGUUCUCCUUGUGGCUAAGUUAUUUCUGAGGUGAUGUCUUUUUCCCCCUUUCCUCCCCCCCGAUCAUGCUGUACUAGUGUCUGCCUUGCCUGGCCCUUCUCUGGGGCCCCUACAGGACCCCCUCAGAUGCGGGCUGAGGGCAGCUCUGGUCGGCCUCCAGGUGACACUGUGGGUGACAGGGAUGGCUGGCAGGCCAAGUGUCAACUCUCCCUUCUCCUUGUGUGACAGCCACACACAACACUGGCUUCCUAAGGAAACGUGCUUUCUACAUUAGGAAAAUGUCGCACAGAUAGAUGAAGUUGGGGGAACAGUAUAGUCACCCUCCCCACCUGCUUGCUGCCCAGAGGUUGUGUUGGCCACGGGGCUCCUGGCAUGUUCGGGGAAGCGGCACAGAUGCAGUUUCCUGCAGGAAGCGUGACCCAGGGAGGGCUGGGGAGACGGCGCUGACCGGCCUGACCCUGUCAUGUGUCCUCCGCAGCCCAGUGUCCGCUGAGGCCAGUCCGGGAAGCUGAGUCCUUGCCUCUGCCUGCCUGGGAGGAGGAGCCCGGGCAUGGUCGGCAUGGAAGACCUGGACGGACGGCGGCGGUCUGGCUGGUGCGUGUGAGGGACCUGGAGUUCAUCACCUGGAGGUGGCAUUUCCUUCCAUGCAUCCUGUGCCACAGUGACCUGGGCUGUUGGUGCAUUUGUCCUAUCUCUAACCUGUGUCUUACUUAUAAAAUCA